AUUUCAUCCCCAUUUAUUUAUUUUUUGAUUUUACUAGUGUACUGGUUAAAUAAGUGGCACGUUCUUUGGUGAGUGGAUCCAAAUCCAGGAAGGAAUCCCAACUGCAUCCACCUGGAGAGGAGAUUCCUUCCCCUUUCUUUCUCCUCUCCUCUCCUUCCUCCACAGUGGCUCCCUCCCUCACCAUCACCUUUCUUUCUCCGGUGGCUCCCUCCCUCACCUUCCUCUACAGUUCCAGCUCCAGCUCCAGCUCCAGUCCCCACCCACAUACGCUUUUAUAUACCCAAACCAAACCCAACCAAUAGUGAGGCCAAGCGUGGCCAGACCCACUACUUAUCCAGGACGUACGGGAGCGUGCCGUGGCCGGCCUCCGGCGAGGGGGAUCACGCCCAAGGACAGACCGCUUGCUUGCUUGCUUCCUGAGGUGCUCUUGGGGUGAGCGUGCGUGUGACGGUGACCGGUCCAUGGAGAUGCCUACGUCGCCGGGCGCGGGCGCGUUUCGGUUUCUUGGCCUGCUCAAGCAGCCGGAGCCGGGCCACGACGCCGCUUGCUUCGAGCUGGACGAGAGCGACGUCGUCUGGCCGGCUGGCGGCGUGGACGUCGACGGGUGGACGGCCGAGGCUGCGGUGGUGGCCCCGCGGCGCUCCAGCGCGCGGCGUCGCGCGGCGCACGCCGUGCCGCAGAGCUUCGGGCUGUCGUCGCUCCUCGCCGACGGCGUGGAGGGGCAGCAGCUGCUUCACGCGGGGGUGGCCAUGGCCGUGCCCGUGAGGCCGGGUCACGGCGCCGCGGCGGCACCGAGGCAGUCGGCGCCGGUCAGGGUGCCGGUGUGGCCGGGGCAGGCGGCCGGGCGUACCUUCAAGAAAGCCGAGGAGUCCGACGAAGAAGAGGACAACGGCGGGGAGGAGGAGAUGGUGCCGCCGCACGUGGUGGCGGCGCGGCGGCACGCGCGGUCGUCGUCCGUGCUGGAAGGCGCCGGGCGGACGCUCAAGGGACGCGACCUGCGCCGCCUCCGCAACGCCGUCCUCCGCCAGACCGGCUUCCUCGACCUCUGAAAUCUGAAGAAGAAGAAGAAGAAGAAGAAGAAGAAGAAGAAGAAGAAGAAGAAAAUGCAUGCAUGCCGGCCGGCACGAUCAACCACGGCCACCGAUGAUGAUGGUCAACUUCCAUUCCAAGUCCCGUCGAUCAGCUCCUGCCAUGCCAUGCCAUGCCAUGCAUCCUCCCCUGCAUCCAUCUCGUCUUCAGAGCGACCAAACAAAACCCUCUCUCUGUUAAUGUCUGAAACUCUGGAUACCUGAAUUGAAUUCAAUCCAUUCAAUUUCA